AUGGAGGCGCUCGGCACCGCGUCGUUCCCGGGCAGCGGCCAAUACCGCAACUGGGUGAGCCACUCGCCCCUCUCCUACUCCAUCGCGGCCGCCGCGGCCGCAGCGGCGGCGGCGGCGGCCGCGCAGCAAGCGCAGCCUCCGGGCUCCUUCUCGGAACGCUCCUCGGCGGGACACCACCAACACCACCAACACCAACAACACCAACAACAACACAACGACCACGACCACGGCGGCGGCUGCUGCUCCCCGGAGCCGGACAAGGCUCUGGGCUGCGGCCACGGAGGUGCAAGCCACCACCACCACGGUGGAGGGGGUGGAGGUGGUGGUGGUGGUGGAGGCCAACUCCUGCGGCCAGGCCACCCGCACGCGCCGCUCCACGCGUCCAACCCCGUGCACGGCAGGGCCGCAGAGUCGCCCGUGGCGGCGGGAGGGGUCGGUUCGUCGUCCGCCGCGGACGACGUGUUCUGGGCGAAAGAUUACGGCUUCUACCACCAGUACCACCAGGGGUACGCGGGCGCGUACCACCACCACCAGCAGCACCAGCACCAGCCCGUGUCGCCCUACCUGGACGUGUCCGGCAGGGCCGACGCCGCGUUCCUGCACGCUGCUCAGGACCCCCAUCAGGCGUGGGCACCUCAGCCCGGCGCGUUGUGGUCCCCGCAGCACGCAGGUAACCGUGGGUGGGUGGUGGUCGGAGGAUGCGGAGACGCCCCGGGGGGGCAGCGACGAGUGCGCAAGAAGCGCGUCCCGUACACCAAGGGGCAGCUGAAGGAGCUCGAGGCGCACUACGCCGCCUGCCGCUUCGUGAGCAAGGAGACGCGGCGGCUCAUCUCGAGCGAGACGAGCCUCUCGGAGCGCCAGAUCACCAUCUGGUUCCAGAACCGCAGGGUCAAGGACAAGAAGGUGCGCGCCAAGCAGCGAGAUUGA